UACGCGGGGGCGAAACAGAAUUGGCCAUGGCAGCAGCCGAGGAGGAGGACGAGGGCCCCGAAGGGCCAAACCGCGAGCGGGGCGGGGUGGGCGCGACCUUCGAAUGUAAUAUAUGUCUGGAGACUGCUCGGGAGGCUGUGGUCAGUGUGUGUGGCCACCUGUACUGUUGGCCCUGUCUUCAUCAGUGGCUGGAGACACGGCCAGAGCGGCAGGAGUGCCCAGUGUGUAAAGCUGGGAUCAGCAGAGAGAAGGUUGUCCCACUUUAUGGGCGAGGGAGCCAGAAGCCCCAGGAUCCCAGGUUGAAAACUCCACCCCGCCCCCAGGGCCAGCGACCAGCUCCAGAGAGCAGAGGGGGAUUCCAGGCAUUUGGUGAUACCGGGGGCUUUCACUUCUCAUUUGGCGUUGGUGCUUUUCCCUUUGGCUUUUUCACCACCGUCUUCAAUACCCAUGAGCCUUUCCAUCGGGGGACAGGUGUGGAUCUGGGACAGGGUCACCCAGCCUCCAGUUGGCAGGAUUCCCUCUUCCUGUUUCUCGCCAUCUUCUUCUUUUUCUGGCUGCUCAGUAUUUGAGCUGUGUCUCCUUCCUGCCCACCUUUAGCCAGAGGAGAAUCAGUAUUGGGGGUCCCUCCUGACCCUUCCUUACUCCUGGACCCUCCAACCCCUCCAUUUCUGUAGGGUAAGGCCAAACCUGGCCACUCUUGGGGAGGGUGUGGGGAGGAGGAGUGACAUCAGUACAUAGGAUGGGAGAGCCUUCUGCCCUGAACUCUCCUCUCACUGGCAUCAUAACUCUUAGCCCUGGAGGAAGAGGACAGACAGAAGAGAAUGCUUGCUUCUCCUGUCCUAAUCCUUUGUUUUCCCCCAGAUUUCUUGACUUGUUGUUGGGCAAGGCUCUCUCUGACUCUCCCCACAACCCCCUCAUUGAUUUAAUUUAAUUUUCCUCUCCCCAAUGUCUAAUAUGGGUUCUGAUUCUAAGCACUUCCUCCCACUCACAAACUCCUUUAUUACAAAUUCAAUAAAAAAAAGGUUGAAAUGUA